CAUUUAUAUACAUCAUGUAUCGCUGUUUGUAAUGUAUAUGUUCACCAGGUUGUUUGUAUGUAUAUUUGAAUGCUUUUUAUCGCGUCGCACGUUCAGGAAACGUUACAAGGAAGAAGUUAGUUAAGUUAGCAUUAGCAUGCUAGCCGCAUAACACAGACAGGACGAGAGCGAAGCAGCCGCUGCUUUACCCUCCCUCUUCAAGGAAGUUUGCGGGGGGAAGAUCCAGGAGGCCUAGAUAAAUCUGAUUGUCUUCCUGAAAGACAAGUCAUCGACGAUGGGGUCAUUCUGCAAGGAGGACUGAGGGAUCUGACCUAGAUGUUUUUCUAUCCUACUUGUCUUUCUCUUUCAUGAGCACCUGUAUUUCAGAGGAGCACUAUCAUCAGCAUGACUGCCUCUUUCAACCUUUGUGUCCUCAACGUUUUGUUUGUAACUGCUUACAGCAGCCUGGAGCUGGCCUCCAGUACUGCUCAUUGUGGACAAUCUCCCCAAGUCCUGGAAGCCCCGAGGGGAGAGAUCAGAAGCUCCGUCCACCACAGCUGGUCCUACCGCCCACGGCCGUUCAACUGUAGUUGGAUUAUCAAGGCACAUGUAGGAGAGCCCGUUAUCCUCAGUUUCUCCCAGUUUUCUACACGCUGUAAGAAGGAAUGGGUCUCGGUGACAUCAUCAACUGGCAAGCCCAUUACCUUUUGUGGUUCCGACCUGCCAAAGCCCAUGGAGUUGAUGGGGGGGAACAUUACACUGACGCACCACUUCCUGCCACACUUAUUCCCCGUCUCUGCGUUCUGCCUGGGCUACGCCAGAGACUCUGGUGAAUGUCCGGUGGUGGACUUUGAGUGUUUGGGCGGGCGCUGCCUGCCCCUGUCCUGGCGCUGUAACGGCCGGACAGAGUGUCUGGGUGAAGGGAUGGGGCUGGGAACAGACGAGCAGGACUGUGACGGAGAGAUCGAGAUCCUGGAUCCUGAGCACGACAAAGUAUUGGUGACCACCACCACACCAGAGUCCUACAUAGAGAGAGAGAGGGAAGGGGAGACAGGAAGAGAGAAGAGUGGGGGGAGGGAUUGGGAAACGGCACCGGUUGAGGUGGAGAAAGAGGAGAAGGAAGUAGAGGAGGAUGGGGACUACACCAAGGUAAAGGAGCCAGAUAAUCCUAUGGAGGACUACUGGGAGUUCCUGCCUCGUCAACUCCCCAGCCCCCAGGCUCACAGAGCCCACCCCAGUCCCGGUGUGACCCAGGCCCCCAUCGAGUGGCCGUGUGGCGGCCUCCUCCAAACCUUCUAUGGGACGUUCGCCCCUCCUUCCAUCAAGGGCCCCCCUCUGUUCUGUGUGUGGACCCUGGACCCCCAGGACUCCAGGCCUCUGAAGCUGGACCUGCAGCUGCUGGAACUGGGGCCUGGAGACACGGUCACUAUCACCAACCGACAGCAGGGCACCGGGGAACUCAUCAAAACUAUCACCAGCGAGUCCAGCUACAAGGCCAUCCAGGUUGAGUCCCGGACCGGCCUUCUCUCCCUGACCUAUCACACGCUUCCCGGCUCGGAGGGGCUGGGCUUCAACGCCACCUACCGUGUCGGGGGCUACUGCCCCCCCUGGGAGGGUAAAUGUGGGGGUGCUGCGGGGGGCUGCUACACCCAGGAACAGAAGUGUGACGGGCGCUGGGACUGUCCUGAGACUGGGCACGAUGAGGCGGGAUGCAGGGGGUGUCCCAGGGACCAGUUUGCUUGCGGAGGGGUGGGGCAGCGGGCGGUGCUGGCGGGUCAUAACUUCAUCGGGCGUCCGGUGUGCUUCCCUGCCAAGGAGAGGUGUAACUACCAGCUGUACUGUGCUGACGGGAGCGACGAAAAAGACUGUACCAUAUGUCAACCUGGGACCUUCCACUGCGACAGCAACAGGUGUGUGUUUGAGAGCUGGAGUUGUGACGGCCAGGUGGACUGUAAGGACGGGACAGACGAGAUGAACUGCACCAUGACCCUGCCUCGAAAGGUCAUCACCGCGGCAACCGUGGGCAGCCUGGUUUGUGGGCUGCUGCUGGUCAUCGCUAUGGGCUGCACCUGCAAGCUCUACUCACUGCGGACCCGAGAAUACAGUAUGUUUGCGCCAAUCAGCCGCCAGGAGGCGGAGCUAAUCCAGCAGCAGGCCCCUCCCUCAUAUGGUCAAUUGAUCGCCCAGGGCAUCAUCCCUCCAGUGGAGGACUUCCCCACGGAGAACCCCAAUGAGUCUUCCUCUCUUUCUCUGAGAGGUUUUCUCCAGCUUCUCAGACAGGAUACUUCUAACUCUCCACGACGCCGACGCCGUCCCCGAUUCAUCCGCCGGGCUGUCCGUCGCAUGCGGAGAUGGGGCCUAAUCCCCAGAUCCGCCUCCAGGCCCUCCCAGCCAUCCAGCUCAGCCCCCCAGCUGACAGAGGCCCCCUCCACUGGUGUGGAUCCCAGUCAAUCAACUCCCGCCACCACCUCAUUGGCUGUGGAAGCCGUCAAUCUGCCAUUGCCACAGAAACUCGGCUUGCUCCCACAGACAGUGCAGUACCAGCCACCACCACCCCCCCACUUCCUUCCUCCACCCACUCUACUCCCUCCACCCAUUGUCUCUACUCCAGCUACCCCCCAGAGCCCUCCGGUGGCUGUCCCCCCCACCCCCAGCAGCCCCUCCCUAGCCUCUCUCUUCCACUCUUUGGGGCGCACUAUCUCUCGCUUCCGCUCCUCCCCUUCCUCCUCCCCCACCAACUCACUGCCCCUCUCCACAUCCCCCUCUUUCUCUUCCUCCUCUUUGGAGGACGAGGUGCUACUUAUCCCCCUCUCCGAGGACACAACCCCAGAGGACGACGUGCCCCUGCUUACACUCGACACCUGACUUGAUCCAACACCCCUUCCCUAAAUGAUGACUCAAGCACAGGAGCACUGCAAGGCUCCCUCUCUCUCUCUCUCUCUCUCUCUCUUUCUCUCUCUCUCUCUCUCUUUCUCUCUCUCUCUGUGUUGGUCUGGUGCCUUGGAAUUGCAUUUGAACUAACUAAAGGAAUCUAAUAUUCAAUGCUUUUAUGUUAUUGAGUGUGGAAACUCCUAGAGAAAGUGUAUGUAUUUUUGUGUGUGUGUAGUGUAUUGGUGUGUUGGAUGUGCACUUAUCCAGAUAGAGUCUGAAAGAGAUGAAAUUUGCACAGAAAAUCUCCCCCUCAUGAUCUAAUUUAAUCAAUGAGGCACCUCUGGAGUUUGUGGUAUAUGGAUAAUAUACCACGGCAAAGGGCUGUUCUUCUGCAGGACGCAACACGAAGUGCCUGGAUCCAGCCCUUAGCCGAGGUAUAUUGGCCAUAUACCACAAACCCCAGAGGUUCAUUAUUGCUAUUAUAAACUGGUUACCAAUGUAAUUACAGCAGUAGAAAUAAAUGUUUUGUCAUACACGUGGUAUACAGUCUGAUAUACCAUGGCUUUCAGCCAAUCAGCAAUCAGGGCUCAAAACCACCCGGUUUAUAAUAUAUAAUUUACUGUCAAGUGAAUGAUUUGUUUUAGCACGUGAAAGAGUUAAUGUCUUUGUGUGACAGCAUAUGUGUGAAUGCGUCAUGUAAGGGUGAGCAUAUGGGGGCCAGUGUAAGGAUAUGUAGAUGUCCUGUGUAGACACCAUCCCAUGUAUAGUUCUCAUCUCCCAUCUAAGUGCCUUUUCAGAAGCUUGCUACAGUUGAUGAAUUUGAAUGAUGACACACAUACUGUACACACGGUCCCAAAUAUGUGGACAAAAAGGAACACCCACCUUCUCACGCACAGACUGUGUUUCAUAUUGCUUUCUUAAUGGAUAAAUUGCAUGUCAAUUCUGCAAGCCGGCAAUAAUUUUUGGGGACCCUCCUGGUUAGUGUACGUAUGGCAUAACUGACGUGUAUAGUUUCGUAUGCACUUGCAAGUGUGAUGUAUGAAUGUUUUAUAAUGUAGUUCUCUAGUAGACAAAAUGUGUCUCGGCUCACAAGACAAUCUCUCUUGGUGCCUGAGGUUGGGUUAGACCUGUGAAGUGCACAACCUCACACAGAAAGAUGAGGCCCCCAGGGUCCACGGUCACAACAACCCCGACUUAAAUUCUCAGCCCUUUGUGAAUGGAAUCCACUCUACCACGCUUUCACGCAGUGAACAUAUAGCAAAUUAAGAGACUUUUUUAGUCUGCCAUUUUUACAUCGUAUCUGUUAUUAGUUUUUCCGCUUUUAUCCUCCAGAAAUGUACUUUAAAACAAAUCUUAAAUUGUUCUGUUUGCCUGGGUUGUACUGAAUGUAUUCAAUUAAACAUAGUGGUUGGAGAAUGAUGAUAUGUUUAAAACUUGCAAUGUUGGAGAGAGAUUUUACUAGGGUCUAUUUCACUGUACAUAGCAAAGAUGUGGACAAAUCCACAGAGAUUAAACAAUUUGCACUUUUA